AUGUCAAUAUUAUACUAUUAUGCCGAAAUGCGGGUGCGGACGAUCCCCGAUCGCGUAAACAGAACUGCCGAAUGUUUUCUUAUAAAAGAGGUCGGUGCUCUGGUUGUGGGUCUUCUGGCUUUAGUUGUGGCGGUUCCGCAAGCGCGAUCUGAAGAUGACCGCAUCGAAGUCACGGAUCCCACUACGGAUCAAAUAGUCGGUAGUACAGUGGAUGUGAAAUGGAAUACUGAGAAAAUUCCCAAAGGCCUCAAAACCAGCGAUCGUGUUAGUGUCCGUAUCCGUUGCGGUAAGAGACAGUUUCCGGCAAAAGCUGUGCGGACCGAGCCCUUCACGGACGGACACAAGGAGGUUUCUCUCUCUGAUGACCCUGCUCUUGUUGGAGUUUCCUGCCAAGCAAGCGUCUUUGAUGAAAACAACGCAGACGUUGAAGGAUUUUCGAAAAAGUUUAACUUAAUUAAAUCAUAG